CAACCAAUCAGAAAACGCUCCGGCCAGGCACCCUCACCCCGGAAGUCCUGAAGAGCUCCGCCCCGCCUCUCAAUACCCUUCAACCGAUCAUCCCAGGAAACACAGGAAGUGACACUACCCACACUUCCCAUGGCCGCCGCUCCAGCGUGGGCACCUCGCUGAAGCCAAGGGCUGGACUGGCGGAAGUGACAGUAUAAACGCGCGCCAACGGUUCAGUAGGGUCGGGAGGGUGGCCGGGGCGGGCGCUGGUGCCGCCUACGGCUUAACUCCGUUUUCGCGGGCGGGUAGUGUUCUCUGCAGUGACUCCAGCAGCAUCAGUGUUCCCUGGUGUGCCUGAAGAUAGAGAGUUGAACUUGCUGAGAAGAGUGUGCUAGGGAUGCUCUAGGAAAAGCCUGAACGCUGAGGCGAGCUCCAGGCCCAGGUGUUGAUUUGCCAAAAAGAAAGCAGUCAUCAUGGAUCAGAACAGCAGCCUGCCACCCUAUGCUCAGGGCCUGGCCUCCCCUCAGGGCGCCAUGACCCCAGGAAUCCCCAUCUUCAGCCCCAUGAUGCCGUACGGCACGGGGCUGACCCCGCAGCCGAUCCAGAACCCCAGCAGCCUGUCUGUCCUGGAGGAGCAGCAGCGGCAGCAGCAGCAACAGCAGCAGCAGCAGCAGCAGCAGCAGCAGCAGCAGGCAGCGGUGACGACGGUGACAGCGGUGACAGCCGCAGCACAGCAGGUGGCGGCCCAGCAAGCAACUCAGGGUGCCUCGGGCCCCACCCCGCAGCUUUUCCACUCACAGACUCUCACGACCGCGCCAUUGCCGGGCACCACGCCCCUCUACCCCUCGCCCAUGACCCCCAUGACCCCCAUCACGCCCGCCACACCCGCCUCCGAGAGCUCUGGGAUCGUGCCCCAGCUGCAAAAUAUUGUAUCCACCGUGAAUCUUGGUUGUAAACUUGACCUAAAGACCAUUGCACUUCGUGCCCGAAAUGCUGAAUAUAAUCCCAAGCGGUUUGCUGCUGUGAUCAUGAGAAUACGAGAGCCCCGGACCACUGCCCUGAUAUUCAGCUCCGGGAAAAUGGUGUGCACAGGGGCCAAGAGCGAAGAGCAGUCCCGACUAGCAGCCAGGAAGUACGCCCGAGUCGUGCAGAAGCUGGGCUUCCCAGCCAAGUUCUUGGACUUCAAGAUUCAGAACAUGGUGGGGAGCUGCGAUGUGAAGUUCCCAAUCCGGCUGGAGGGCCUUGUGCUGACCCACCAGCAGUUCAGCAGUUAUGAGCCAGAACUAUUUCCUGGUUUGAUCUACAGAAUGAUCAAGCCCAGAAUUGUUCUCCUUAUUUUUGUUUCUGGAAAAGUUGUAUUAACAGGUGCUAAAGUCAGAGCAGAAAUUUACGAAGCAUUUGAGAACAUCUACCCUAUCCUAAAGGGCUUCAGGAAGACGACGUAGUGGCUGUGUGCGCCUGCCUUCCCCACCCGCUGAUUUUUUAAAAUAAAUAAGUUUGGGGACGUUGAAGUGGUGGUGGUGGGGAUGGCCCCGCUGGGCUGUGGGUGGCAGCCUGUGUGUGCCCGCGAGCACAUCGGGAGGGGCGCACUUCUGCACAGAGGCCCUGCCGUGCCCCUGCCUAGGCGGUGCUGCCCAUUAUUUAUAUUUAGAUUUUAAACACUUACUGCUGUUGACAAGUUGGCUUAAGGGACAAAACUUUAGUGUUAGAGCCUCCUCUACAAUUGACUGGACUUUUAAUUUUGUUUGAUUUCUUCCCCUUAAACCAGUUUUUAUAUUUCUACCAGAGCAGUAAAAAUCUUUUUUAAAA